AUGGCCGGCCCAGUGCCCUUCGCAAAGUCGUUGGACCAGAUCUACCCAGAAAAUGCCCUCCCUUCUCAGGGCAAGCGGUGGAAUAACCUCCUGAACCAAUUCCAGUCCACCUAUGGCCAGCCUGCCGAGUUUGUCGCCCGCUCCCCGGGCCGUGUCAACAUCAUCGGCGAGCACAUCGACUACUCACUCUACUCGGUGCUGCCCAUGGCCAUCACCGCCGACUGCCUGAUCGCCGUCUCCACCAAGCUCGAUGCCGCCUCUGUAAAGCAGGGGACCUACAAGAUCAAGAUCGCAAACGUGCAGAGCCAGAAGUUCCCCAGUCACGAGUUUGACAUCCCCUUUGAUGCCAUCGAGAUCGACGCCACGGUCCACGAGUGGACCAACUACUUCAAGUCCGGGCUGAAGGGCGCCCUGGAGCUGCUCAGGAAGAAGCACGGCGCCGCCUACAAGCCCGUCUCCAUGCAGAUCCUCAUGGACGGCACCGUGCCCGCGGGCGGCGGCCUGAGCUCCAGCGCCGCCUUCACGAGCACGUCCGCGCUGGCCGUCAUGGUCGCCAACGGCGAGAAGACGGUCGACAAGACCGCGCUCACGGAGCUGGCCAUCGUGUCGGAGCGCGAGGUCGGCGUCAACUCGGGCGGCAUGGACCAGUCGGCGUCGGUCUUCUCCGAGCGCGGCUCGGCCCUCUACGUCUCCUUCUCGCCCAGCCUCACCGCGCGGCCGGUCCACUUCCCCAGGACGAACCCGGAGCUGUGCUUCCUGAUCGCGCAGUCCUUCGUCGCCGCCGACAAGCACGUCACGGGGCCGAUCCACUACAACCUGCGCGUGGUCGAGUGCAGCCUGGCGGCCGCCUACCUGAGCGCGGUGCUGAACCCCGAGGGGACCCACCUGCCCGCCGACGCGGCGCCGCUGGGCGUCUCGCUCAGGGGCUUCCACGACGCCUACUACGCGGCCCACCCGGACAAGGCGGGCAAGCCCGUCAAGGACCAGCUGCGCGAGCUGGUCUCGCUGACGGAGACGACCCUGUCGCAGGCCGAGGGCUACACGCGCGAGGAGGUCGCGGCGAGGCUGGGCGUCAGCGUGGACCAGCUCGACGCGCGCUUCACGUCCAAGUUCCCCGUGCGCGCCGACAGGUUCAAGCUGCGCCAGCGCGCGCUGCACGUGUUCCGCGAGGCCCUGCGCGUGCUCGACUUCAUGUCGCUGCUCGAGGACCCGGCCAACCACCCGGACAACGGCGGCGGCGCGGACACGACCGCCUACAACCAGGAGCUGGGCGCCCUGAUGAACGCCACGCAGGACAGCUGCCGCGACGACUACGAGUGCAGCUGCCCCGAGAUCGACGACAUCUGCAGCAUCGCGCGGAGGGCGGGCAGCUACGGCAGCCGCCUGACCGGCGCCGGGUGGGGCGGGUGCAGCGUCCACCUCGUCCCGGCGGACAAGGUCGAGGCCGUGAGGGAGGCGUGGGAGAGGGAGUACUACAGCAAGAGGGAGCUAACACCAGAGCAGAGGGAGGGGGCUGUCGUCGAGAGCCGGCCGGGAAGCGGCAGCGCGGUCUACGUCGUGGCCGACGGCUCGUUGUAG